AUGACGACUUUUUUGGAGAUUCUCUCUUAUCGUGAUGCUGGACACUUUGCUCCUCAUUAUGAUUAUGUUGAACUCGAAGCAAGGCCUGAUCAGGGUGAUCCAACUGGACGACGAUUUGCAACUUUUCUACUUUUACUUCAAGGAGCUCAAAGCGGAGGAGGGACCGUAUUUCCGAGAUUGAAGACUACUGUUACUCCUACACCUGGAGACGUGAUUUUUUGGAUCAAUGUCAAUGUUGACGAAACUGAGGCACGCGGCAGUUUGCAUGGUGGCUGUCCAGUGUAUAGAGGAGAGAAGGUAGCAGCAGUGAAAUGGAUUCUAGUCGACGAACAGGACAUAUUUCAAUCUCCACACGAAGACGGAACAUUUGACAUCGAGAAGCUUAUUUAUCCUCACACAUAUUAUUACGAUACGACUCCAAUGUAUGGAAAAUGCGUAGCUAAAAAAGAAGCAAGCUUAACGUUUUCUCACAGAGCAGGCACAAAUGUUUGA